AUGAGCUCGACCCAUCUUCAAUAUGGCGACCUCGCCACGCAGCUGCUGACGGAGUCUCGUCGCUCGACGGCCACAGAUACCCUUCUCAAAUACAACGACGUCCUCGUCCGCUCCAUCCUCCGCGAGCAGCGCCAGCUCGAGGAUCUUCUCCAGACCACCCUCAAUACUGCCGACCAAGACCCAGCGGCGAACAAUCCAAAAAUGCCCACCGUACUCCUCUACCAGACAGCAAUUUUGCGCAACAAACGGUGUCUGCUUGCAUAUCACCACCACCGCCUGGAGAGGCUGAAGGAUCUAUACUGGUCCGUCGGCGGUGCGCUACCCCUUCUACUUUCCAUGCCGUCUGCUUCUGCAUCACAGAACGUGAAUGCGUCCGGCGGUGGCAACGGUGGGCCCCCAGUGGACGUGCGCUCGAAACUCUCACCGCACGAGGUUGAUUUUCUGCGAUCGUACGCGGUCUCACUCCUCACUCUCCGCACUGAGGCCUUUGCAGCGGACGCGCAGGCCGAAGACGUCGAUCUGCUCGCUCCGAUCACGCGUCCCCCGAAGGACCUCCAUAUCUUGGUGCGCGUCGUCCGCGACUGUGGUGUCGUCCAUACCGAACAAGGCGCAAUCGACUUUCGCCCGGGUCACAGGUUUUUGGUCCGCAGGUCGGACGUGGAGCAUCUCAUCAUGCAAGGAUUUUUAGAGGAGAUAUAG